GGGAGUCACUGGAAGCGCAAGAUGGCGACGGCGGCCGCAACAUCGACUUCAGAAACGGAGGCUGAGCCCAAGGCCGGGCCCACCGCAGAGGGCGAGGAGGAUGACGUUAAGACGGCUAGGACGAGGAGGAAGGUGUUAUCACGGACCGUGGCCGCUGCGACGUACAAGGCCGUGGAGCCCGGGUGGGACCAGCCGGAGGAAGGUGUGAGUGAGAGCGAUGGGGACGAGGAGUACGCCAUGGCUUCCUCCGCGGAGAGCUCCCCCGGGGAGUACGAAUGGGAGUAUGACGAAGAGGAGGAGAAGAACCAGCUGGAAAUCGAGCGUCUGGAGGAGCAGCUGUCUAUCAAUGUCUAUGACUACAACUGCCAUGUGGACCUGAUCCGGCUGCUCCGGUUGGAGGGGGAGCUUACCAAAGUGAGGAUGGCUCGCCAGAAGAUGAGUGAGAUCUUUCCUUUGACUGAAGAGCUCUGGCUGGAGUGGCUGCAUGACGAGGUCAGCAUGGCUCUGGACGGCCUGGACAGAGAGCACGUGUACGACCUCUUUGAGAAAGCUGUGAAGGACUAUAUUUGUCCUAACAUUUGGCUAGAGUAUGGCCAGUACUCAGUCGGUGGAAUUGGUCAGAAAGGUGGCCUUGAGAAAGUCCGCUCUGUGUUUGAAAGGGCGCUCUCAUCAGUUGGCUUACAUAUGACCAAAGGACUCGCCAUCUGGGAGGCUUACCGGGAGUUUGAAAGUGCCAUUGUGGAAGCUGCCCGGCUGGAGAAAGUCCACAGUCUCUUCCGGCGACAGCUGGCGAUCCCACUCUAUGAUAUGGAGGCCACAUUUGCAGAGUAUGAAGAGUGGUCGGAAGACCCAAUACCAGAGUCGGUGAUUCAGAACUAUAACAAAGCACUACAGCAGUUGGAGAGUUACAAACCCUAUGAAGAAGCACUGUUGCAAGCAGAGGCGCCCAGGCUGGCUGAAUAUCAAGCGUACAUUGAUUUUGAGAUGAAAAUUGGUGACCCUGCUCGUGUGCAGUUGAUCUUCGAGCGUGCCCUGGUCGAGAACUGCCUUGUCCCAGACCUGUGGAUCCGCUACAGUCAGUACCUAGAUCGGCAGCUGAAAGUAAAGGAUUUGGUUUUAUCUGUACAUAAUCGUGCUGUUAGAAACUGCCCGUGGACAGUUGCCCUAUGGAGUCGUUACCUCUUGGCCAUGGAAAGACAUGGAGUUGACCAUCGAGUGAUUUCUGUGACCUUCGAGAAAGCUUUGAGUGCUGGCUUCAUUCAGGCCACUGAUUAUGUGGAGAUUUGGCAGGCGUACCUUGAUUACCUGAGGAGAAGGGUUGAUUUCAAACAAGACUCCAGUAAAGAGCUGGAAGAGCUGAGGUCUGCAUUCACUCGCGCCUUGGAGUAUCUGAAACAGGAGGUCGAGGAGCGUUUCAAUGAGAGCGGAGAUCCAAGCUGUAUGAUCAUGCAGAACUGGGCUAGGAUCGAGGCUCGACUGUGCAAUAAUAUGCAGAAAGCUCGGGAACUCUGGGACAGCAUCAUGACCAGAGGGAAUGCCAAGUAUGCCAACAUGUGGCUCGAGUAUUACAACCUGGAAAGGGCACACGGUGACACCCAGCACUGUAGGAAGGCCCUGCACCGGGCUGUCCAGUGCACCAGCGACUACCCGGAGCACGUCUGUGAAGUGUUGCUCACCAUGGAGAGGACAGAAGGUACUCUAGAAGAUUGGGAUAUAGCUGUUCAGAAAACCGAAACUCGAUUAGCUCGUGUUAAUGAGCAGAGAAUUAAGGCUGCGGAGAAGGAAGCAGCGCUUGCCCAGCAAGAAGAAGAAAAGGCCGAACAGCGGAAGAGAGCGCGGGCCGAGAAAAAAGCGCUGAAAAAGAAGAAAAAGACCCGAGGCACAGACAAGCGCAGAGCAGAAGAGGACGAUGAGAAGGAGUGGGGUGAUGAUGAAGAAGAGCAGCCUUCCAAACGCAGAAAGGUGGAGAACAGCACUCCUCCAGCCGGGGAAGCACAGGGCCUGGAGGCAGAAACGGGACUCUUUGGGAAGAGUGCACCUGUAGACGUUGACCCCCCCUCCAAGCAGAAGGAGAGGGCGGCCGCCCUCAAGAGGGACGUGCCCAGGGUGCCCCAUGACAGCAGCAAGGACAGCAUCACCGUCUUCGUCAGCAACCUGCCCUACAGCAUGGGCGAGCCGGCUGUGACGCUCCGGCCGCUCUUUGAGGCCUGUGGGGAGGUGGCAGAGAUCCGCCCCAUCUUCAGCAACCGGGGCGAUUUCCGAGGCUACUGCUAUGUGGAGUUUAAAGAGGAGAAGUCGGCCCUGCAGGCGCUGCAGUUGGACCGGAAGACUGUAGAAGGGAGGCCGAUGUUUGUUUCCCCCUGUGUGGAUAAGAGCAAAAAUCCCGAUUUCAAGGUGUUUAGGUACAGCACUGCCCUGGAGAAACACAAGCUGUUUGUAUCAGGCCUGCCUUUUUCCUGCACUAAAGAGGAACUAGAAGAGAUCUGUAAGGCUCAUGGCACCGUGAAGGACAUCAGGCUGGUUACCAACCGGGCAGGCAAACCGAAGGGCCUGGCCUAUGUGGAGUAUGAAAAUGAGUCCCAGGCAUCACAGGCUGUACUGAAGAUGGAUGGCAUGACUAUCAAAGACAAUGUCAUCAAAGUGGCCAUCAGCAAUCCCCCUCAGAGGAAGGUUCCAGAGAAGCCAGAGGCAAGGAAAGCUCCAGGUGGCGCCAUGGUGCCUCGGCAGAUUUACGGAGCGCGGGGGAAGGGGAGAACCCAGCUCUCCCUGCUGCCUCGUGCCCUGCAGCGCCCGAGCGAGACAGCCACCCAGGCCGAGAACGGCCCUGCCCCGCAGCCGGCGGUCACCGCCUCAGCAGCCGAGGCACCCAAGAUGUCCAAUGCUGAUUUUGCCAAGUUGCUUCUGAGAAAGUGAACCUGACUCCUUAGAAGGGAAAUGCCUUACUGCACACUGGCCAGGAAAAGCACCCGGCACCCAGCUGUACUCUGGGUAUGGAAGGGCCCGGGGCAGCACCCCUCCUAUGUAUUUUCCUCGGGGUUAGAAAGGGAUGAGGGUGUCCAAGGAAGGAGGCUUGAAGCACUCCCUCAUAUUGAGGGCAAUAGGAGGAAAUUGAUCACUCCAUGGGUUGGGCCCAGUGUGUAGUUUCUUAAGCUAUUUUUGUGUCUUAUAGAGUGAGAAACAGAAGUGAAACUCAAACACACCAUUUUGAGACCCGCUUGUCCAAAUGUUUUCGGCCAGCUCUGACUCUCUUUUAUAAGACACUUCUCUUACAGCCUGCACAGCUCAUGUGCCCGUCACUCUUUUAAUUUUAAAAGACAAAAUGGCAGAUGCUAGUAAUUCACCAGAAUGGCCUAUUUUAGUAAAGGGGUGGUGGGGAUAGGGGAAAUCACAUAAAAAACAUUUGGUGGAUUUUUGUUCAAGGGGGGGCUGUGCGUUUUUAUAUUAUGUAUUUGUAAAUGACACAUCAAUCCUUUGUUUUAUGUUUCCUGAAAGCAAAAUAUUUGUGACCUUUGUUUUAUAUGGGAGUUCUGUGUGCCACCUGCUGUGGACCAUUUUCUUUGCCUAGUGAUUAGUGAACCGUGUUCUUUGUCUAAAUAUUGAGUUUCAGCCCUUUGGUUUUGUUUAAAUACCAUGUCAAGUGCAAACUGAAAUUCUCCCCACUUAGCUUUGUUUAUUAAACUGAAGUUCUCUUCAAAACUUCUUGCUGAACGGUACUCAGAUGUGCAUUCAAACAUGGAUGUAUUUUGAAAUGGGUGCACUUGUCUUACCUGACAGAUGUGUAAAUAGAACUUUUGUAAGUC